GACGGUGCCACGCGCCGAAGAGUGGGAAAGUCGGUCGUCGUGGUGGUGUCGAAUGCCACGCGCGUGAGAAGGGCGGUGGUAGGUGAGGCGCGCGCGCUGCCAUUGCCCCUUCCCCAGUCCCGGGAGUCGCCGUUGGCGCUAUCUCCACCCCCUUCCUGCCAGCUUGAUUGGAUUGGGUGAAGCCGAGGAAAAUCUAUUCGUCCCCUGUGGUGUCCUAUCAGCCGUGAGACGGGUGUCUGCCAAGCCGGAGUCUGCUGAGUGACCACUGUCAGGGGUGGCAGAUAUUGCAAAUAUGCAUGACGAAAGUACAGAUGUAACAAAUGGAUGUGGCAAAAUCCGAACUGGUACUCAGAAUGAGGCUGCCUUACUAGCUUUGAUGGAAAAGACUGGCUACAGCAUGGUUCAAGAAAAUGGACAAAGAAAAUUUGGUGGUCCUCCACCAGGUUGGGAAGGUCCUCCCCCACCUCGUGGCUGUGAAGUUUUUGUGGGAAAGAUUCCUCGUGAUAUGUAUGAAGAUGAAUUAGUCCCUGUUUUUGAGAGAGCUGGGAAGAUUUAUGAAUUCAGAUUGAUGAUGGAAUUUAGUGGUGAGAAUCGAGGAUAUGCCUUUGUGAUGUACACAACUAAAGAAGAAGCCCAGCUGGCCAUCAGGAUCCUUAAUAAUUAUGAAAUUCGUCCAGGAAAAUUUAUUGGUGUCUGUGUAAGCUUAGACAACUGCAGAUUAUUUAUUGGAGCUAUUCCAAAAGAGAAAAAGAAAGAAGAAAUCUUGGAUGAAAUGAAGAAAGUUACAGAAGGAGUGGUUGAUGUUAUUGUUUAUCCAAGUGCUACUGACAAAACUAAAAACCGUGGCUUUGCCUUUGUAGAAUAUGAGUCUCACAGAGCUGCUGCUAUGGCUAGAAGAAAGCUAAUUCCGGGAACGUUCCAGCUAUGGGGACAUACUAUUCAAGUAGACUGGGCAGACCCAGAGAAAGAAGUUGAUGAAGAAACAAUGCAGAGGGUUAAAGUGUUGUAUGUAAGAAACUUAAUGAUCUCUACUACAGAGGAUGCAAUUAAGGCUGAAUUUAACAAAUUUAAGCCAGGAGCAGUUGAACGUGUGAAGAAACUGAGAGACUAUGCUUUUGUUCAUUUUUUCAACCGAGAAGAUGCAGUUGCAGCUAUGUCAAUUAUGAAUGGAAAAUGCAUUGAUGGUGCUAGUAUUGAGGUAACACUGGCAAAACCUGUAAACAAAGAAAGCACUUGGAGACAGCAUCUUAAUGGUCAGAUUAGUCCCAAUUCUGAAAAUCUUCUAGUUUUUGCUAACAAGGAAGAUGGUCAUCAAAAAUCGUUAGGAAAACCAGCAAAUCUUUCAAUUCGUCUUAAUGGUCAGCACAGUCCAAGCCCCCCUGAAAUUGAAAGGUGUACUUACCCAUUUUUCCCAGGGACAAAGCUUACUCCAAUUAGCAUGUAUUCUUUAAAAUCCAGUCAUUUCAGUUCUGCAGUAAUGCAUUUGGAUUAUUACUGCAACAAAAAUAACUGGGCCCCACCAGAAUAUUAUUUAUAUUCAACAAGUCAGGAUGGAAAAGUACUCUUGGUAUAUAAAAUAGUUAUUCCUACUAUUGCAAAUGGAUCCCAGAGUUAUUUUAUGCCAGACAAACUCUGCACAACAUUAGAAGAUGCAAAGGAAUUGGCAGCCCAGUUUACACUGCUACAUUUAGACUACAAUUUUCAUCGCAGCUCAGUAAAUAGCAUUUACCCUGUUAGUGUCACUCUCUCUUCUGGGACACCCAGCGUGCUUCCAUACACAUCAAGGCCUUAUUUUUAUCCAAGCUACCCCUUAUCACCAACAAUUCUGCUUGCUAAUGGCAGCCAUGUUGGACAGCGAGUAUAUAUCUCUGAGGCCUCAUUCUUUUGAAGAAAAAGUUGUACAGCAUUAAUAUGAAAGUUUUCAAUUUUAGUUUUUAAUUGGGUCUUCACUAUUCAUUUUCAUGAGUAAAAUAUAUUUAUUUCCAUAUAGGGACCUUUUCACAUUUCCGUAAAUAUAAGCAUUUUACUAAGCAUUUGUCAAAAGAUAAAGUUCAAAAAAGUUUCUUUUCUUGGCCUGUGUACUGUAGAUCGAUGCUCUUCUAUCUGUUUAUGGUUCCUGGUCAAAGUGUGGGCAAUAGAACCCAGUGGUUUAUGUUAAGAUUUUUUCUAAUAAUUACUUUACUGAAUAGUAUCUCUUUAAUUUAAUCUGUGCAAAUACUGGUUGUAAUCUUGUUACCAAGGAUCACUCUUACGUUGAAGAUUAGUAGUUAUUUAGUGAGAAGGCAACUAUUAUGUGGCCGGAAAAUGAUGCAAAAGAAAGAUUUUAAGAAUUUUUUUUUUUAACUUUAAAGAAAUAAUUUCCUAUUGUGGUCCUUUGAAUAGUUUUAGUAAUAGAGUAAAAUAUCUUACUUUUUGUGCUGUUAAUUUAUUCAGAGUUAAAAUUGUUAAGCUUCGUCUGUGUUUUGGUAUUACCUGUAUAGUAGUUCUGU